AUGCGAAAUUUAUCACUCCUCGCACUUGUACUUGUUUCUACAUCCCUUCUUUCAGGCUCACAACACCAUGCCGAGGCCAUUAUGAUAGAUAGUACAUCACAAAGUAUGCUAUCCCAAGAAUUUGGCAAUCGAUUGAUACGUCGAUAUGGUGGUAGCUUAGGAGGGGGUGAUAGAAUGUUUAAUAAAAGAUAUAACGUAAUAUCAUCCGGCCUUCAGGAAAGAGCCGAAGUAGACAAUGCUAAAAUUCCAAAUCCCAAAGCUAAAGUUCUAAUACCCAAGGCCAAUAAUCAACCUCCCAAGAAUCCUGCUAUUAAGGAAGCUAAAGAACCAGCGAAAAAUCCCAAAGGCAAGGAAGCCGUUGUUCAAGAACAAAAAGAUAAAUCUUCCGCAGCAGAUGACCAAGGUGGCGCGCCAGUUGGAUCAGCUCCGCAAGUUCAAACUGGUGGUUUAUCAUAUCAAGCUGCAGCUGGACUUACCACUGUCGGUGGAGUCAUGGUUUUGGUUACCGGUCUAUUUGCCUUUGUCCGUAGAAAGAAAAAUAAAGAAAUGACAAACAGCAUCGUGUCAACUUCAGCAACUGCUUGGGAACAACAAAACUCCGCAUAUGAAAAAAUGGAUGAGGAAACCAAACCAUUAGGUUCAUACACAGUUAUUGCAACUUAUACACCAGCAUUGGCCGAUGAGUUGGAUAUACAACCAGGGGACAAGGUUACGAUCUUGGUUGAGUAUGAUGAUGGAUGGGUGCAAGGUAUUAAUGAAACACGUGGUGGAGCCAAAGGUGUCUUCCCUCGCCAUUGUGUAGACAUGAACACCGUCCUAAAUAACAAACGAUCAAGUUCCAUAGGAGGAUAUACAGUGGUGGAUCUUAACUAG